GGAAUCAUGCCUCAAUGCUAAUUUUUUAACAGUCGCUUUGUCAAGAAAUCUUGAAUGUAUAUUGGAAAAGUAGUUUUUGAUAUUGGAUAAUUGAUUCGCGUGGCACAACUAGUACGCAAAGCAAAAAUAUUUUAAUAGUGAUCCUCCCAAUUUUUGGAGCUAUGGCUGGCAUUGUACCAUUAUCUGGAAGAUCUGGUAGAAAACAAUGGACAUUGCAUGAUGGACCAAGAGGAUCUCUUAGAAGAUUACGGUCUCAACUGGCUGAAGAUGGUUGUCCGGAAUCUCAAGUAGUUUUAGCAAAGCAACUAUUGGAAGAAAGAUGUGAUUUAGAUGUUGACAAAGAAGAAAAUGCGAAAUUGGGUGUAUAUUGGCUUACGAAAGCUUCAGAGCAAGGAAAUUUGGAAGCAACAGAUAUUCUUAGAAAAUGUUUAGCCACUGGCCGUGGUAUCACACAACAUAACUAUUAUGAUGUCAAAAGUUGUCUUGAUAUGACCCAAGAUGAAAAAUUAGCCAGAAGAGCAGCAAGAGAAAUGUUCACUAGUUUGUCAAAUGGUGAGGAUUUUAUUACAACAGAGCAGUUACAAAAACGUAUGAAAGAUAUAGCAUCAAAUUCAUCUAGUGAUAAUUAUUCUUGCUCGAACAAUAUAAUACAUAAUAACUUACAAAAAGAUAUAAAUGACAUUUCAACUGAUAAUUUCCCUAAAAAUGGGCUUCCUGAUGAAUGUACACCUAAAAAAGAUGAAGAUAAAGAAAGUGAUGUUCAUGAUUGGAUGGAUCAUCAAGGAGAGAAAAUUACAGAGGCAGCUCUGGUCUCUGCUGCUGCUAGCUAUGCUCGUGGUAUGCUCCCAAUAGUGUCACAUGCACUGUGUAUGGUAGAUCCAUCUCAAAUGGCUUUAGAUACUAUACCAUUACUACAAAGGCCUCUCAUCCAUCCCCUUGCAUCUUUGAAACGUUUAUAUGUUUGGUUAAUUGAAACGUUAGGUCAAAGGGGAAUGUCAAUUAAGAAAAUUUUUUUCACAUCGAAUAUACACAUACUAUUACUUCUCUUGCUGUACUCAUUAUUUGGUACAGAAAGUCUCCUACUCUUUAUACCAAUGGCUCUAUACUAUUUAUCUUUCGUUGUUAUGGUUGUCGCUACUUUUCAAAUGUUACAGCGAAAACGCGAGUUCAAUAAUUUUCGUAUUUGGUCCGGGUUGUUUCUCAGUUAUUCGGGCGGGAAUUUAAACCCCGAUGAAGCAGAGUACCAAUUCUGCUGUAAGAAUCUCAAGCCUUAUGGUCAUUUUUUCCUUGCUUUACUCUUAAAUUUAAUGAUCUAUCCCAUCAUAGCUCAUCAAUGGACACCUCAGUCAGAAUUCACUAUCAUAGCGGUUGCGUUAACAUUGAUAACAUUGUUAAAUUUUAUAUGGAAAGAUUCAUCCAAAUUUCCAGAUUUUUUAGCUCUCUUCAGUUUCGGUGUUCACGUCUUGGCAAAGUAUCCAUACGAAACAGAUAUCGUAGUUGCUCAGGGCUGGAGAUUUCUAGACAUAAGAGUCCCAACAUUUGCUUCGUACGUUGUUGGUAACGGUAUUGAAUUUUGUUUGAAUUUUCGUGCAGUUUUUUACCUCCUAAUUCCAGCAGUUUUCGCAAAAAUGGCUGCUCGAGAUAAUUGGCGAGGAACAUAUCAAACGUUAAUACCCCAUUGUGUUACUUUAAGUUGGUGGCAGAUAGCAAUCUUUAGUUCUCAAGGUGCAACAUGGUACGGCUUAAUUAGGGGUGCCUUAGCAUUAGUUGGUAUGGUUCUUUUCUUACCACUUGCUGGAUUGGCUUCUAUCAUAUUACCAAUCGUAGCUGCUGCUAAGUAUUUGUCAGAAAGCGAUUUGGCAAUGAGAAUAGUUGUAACUACUUUACUGGGAGGAAUGCCAUUUCUUGCCUCUUGGUAUUUAAGGAAAACUCGAACACCUAAACUUAAUUGGGUAAUUACUGUUGUUCAGUUGGUCAUGGGUAUUAGUGCUGGCAUGUUCUUAUCAUGGCCAAUGAUAAUGGAGUACAAACAAGAACCAGAUACGUAUGAAGGUGUUUCAUCACUUUCAUGGGAACAAUAUCAAAAUCAUUGUCAUCAGCCUGCAUGGGAAGAGCUGUCGUCCAAGGCACAGGUGCAAGUUGAAUGUGCUAAUUUGGAAGGAAUAUUAGUUUCAUGGGAAGGUUACGUAACAGAUAUUAAGUUAAAAUCAAUAAAAAAUAAUAUGGCUGCAAUGUUUAACAAACUACCUGACGGUAUUAGAGACACAGUUAGUUGCAUGUAUGGUGAACCAUACAUAAAUAGUUGCGAUUCAAGCGGCGAAUUAAGACAUGAAAAAUGCAAACAUUUUGCAAGUAUUCAAAGGCGACGAAACAAAUGUCACUUCCCUGCCUGGAAUAAGUAUGAAUUUGAGAUCUCGGUUAAAAUGAAGAGUGGUAUGUGGGGAAGCAAUGCGGAAAUUUUAUUGAACGCGGAUCACUCCUUCACUAAUUUUAGUUUAAAUAUAUAUCCAGGUGAUAAAAUUUGGUUUUCCGGUACAUUCCUGAACAGUGGUUUAGAAGAUGAAUCGUUACUCGGCGGAUCUGAGCCUCAUAUUGAAUUAGAAGAGAUUGGUUGUCUCGCAUGUCACUCUAUUGAUUUAAAAUCUUACAAACGUUAUAAAUAUCAUAUAACGGUUAGUUCAAUUUUAAGUGAUCUUUGUUUAGGUAUAAAAACAGUCCUGAACUUUUUGUUGAAUCCUAUCGUAAUGUUUAAAUAGUUGCAUUUUAUGCGAUCUAUAAAAUAUACAGUAUCAAAUGUUCUGUGAAGUGUUAAGAUAAAGUUGUUUACAACGAGAUAAAUUUCGAUAGUAUCUUGAACUUCCUUUCAAAGUAUUAUUAAGAGCAGCUAAGACAUAUUAAUUGAACGACUUUAUAAAGAAAGGAAACAAAUACAGGAAAAAGACAAAGCUAGGAAUGUAGAAGGAAAGAAUUUACAAUGUUGUAAAUAUUAAGUCUCAGCAUUUUUCUUCAAAAAGAUAUGAAAGUUUGGUUAAUUAUAUAAAAGAAGAUUCUCUCUCUCUCUCUCUCUCUCUCUCUAUACAGUUAUUUACUUUUCUAUGAUUAAAUUUGAAAUUAUUUUUUACAUAAUACAUUAGAUUUUUAAGAAUAUAUUUUUUAACUACUUUUAUCUAUUAUCUAUAAAAGAAAAAACAUAUUUUGAUGUUACCAAACACCUCAGGCAUUAGAAUUUCAUUAAAAACUCAUCAAGUAUUUACGUCAAAGAGUACACUUAUAUGUAUAUACACGUAUAUUUUAAGAUCGACAUAUUUUCAUAAGUAUUACUGCCAGUAAUAGAGAUAAAUGCGCUUAAUAUUUUUCUAUUCCGUUUUCGAAAAAUCGAGAGGUGGAACCUUUUCGAUUUUAUUUUAACUUAAUAGUAAAAUAUUGCAACUCUUUUUGUAAUGCUAAAUUUUUAAUGGAAAAUAUCAUCCGCAUCUGCAUAAUGAAUUCUAUCAACAUCUAAAAACGAUAUAUGUAGUAUAACAAAUGUGAUACGUGUACCUAUAUUAUUGUUUCAUUUCUUAGAACUCAAUACCUUCACAUAGAUUUAUGAAAUUCGACGAUGUUUCGAAAUUAAUUUAGUUGUUGAAAUAUCUUUACUUGUGUAAAUGCUAUGUGAAUAUUAAUAUGUAUUUGAAGAAGUAGUAAAGAUAUAUACUUGUAUGAUGUGUAGAAGUUAAAGAUUGUUGUUAAAUUGAUGUUAAGUGUCUAGACUUUAAAAACAUAAAUGGUUAAAGAGUUUUAUAACUGUCUAAAAGGAAUGACAGUUACAUUAUAUAUCAUAUCAGGACAAUAGUAAAAGAUUGUAGCAGAAACAAAAGACAAAUAUAGAUGUGCCUUGAUGUUUUCUGUUCAAAUAAAUAUGAUUAUUUAUAAUAAAAUAUAUUUUAAGAAGCAAAAAUAUUGUCAUAUUAAAUGUUUUGCUUGAGUCGCUUAUAAACUUAUAGGGAAUAUAUUUUGAUACGAAAUACAUAUUUGUUUUUAUUUAUAAUUUUUUGUUUUUUCUAAGAUAAUUGUUUUUACAAUGUUUAUAAUUAUUGUAUUUAUUUUUCGUAUUUGGCAACAAGUGAAGUACAUUAUUUUCACAAAUAAUAACAUUACGUUUCUUAACAAUUGUUUAUUUGGAGAUUUUGGUUCCCUUCAUCUUUUGUAUAAAACCGAGUUGCACAACACGAAAUCACUCUAAUCUCACAUAUUGAUAAUGUUGCUUUUUUAUGUACAAAUAUAAAAUCUACACCGAUAAAGUCAUUUCAAUCAUACCGAAUCCACAGAUAUAAAGAUAGGUUAAAGUGAGGAAGAACGCUUUUGUAGAGAGGAAUAAUUCUUUCUAGAAUUCGUUUUGCUAUUCAUAAUAUUGUAGUGAUGUACGAUGUUUCGCAGUAACGAUGUGAAUUGUGAUAUUACUUCAGAGAACUUAUUCUUUUACUUUUGUCUCCUGUGAUUGAAUUAUUGUAAUUACUGAAUUUCCAAACUAAAAUUCAUUUGAAGCAUAAAAUCGGUAUGUUUAAUUCUUACGCGAAUAAUUAAACUUAUUUCUAUAAAAAAUGCAUUGCAGCAACUGAGACAAUGACAUGAAAACUUUGGUAAAGGAACUUUGUAUUGUUCAUGAUAAACAUUAUUGGAACUAGAAUAGCGGAUAGCAUAAUUCAACACGUCUUAUGACUGCUGUAAUCAUUUAUAUAUUAUUACGAUCCUUUGCUGUCGUUUUUUCAUCAAAAUACCUCUGGAACGAUAUUCUCAAAAUCAGAGAUAAUAUGUAUGGAUAUUGUGUUUGUUAUUCUAAUAUUAAGAGAAACAGUCUUAUGAACACGUUAUGACUACAUCUUGUUUUUUUAUAGAAAGAAUAUCCGAUAGAAA